UUUGUGUCAUAUUUCCCGGCCGAAGAAAUAGUUACUCCAAUAUUUUUUAUCGUAGUACUCGUUAAGUAGCACAGUUUCCGCUUUUAAUUAACACAUUAAUUAUGUAUUAAUUAGUGAGUGUAACAUUUAAGAUUAAGCCACAAGAAGCAGUGUAGAAAAUGGCAGUGCUCGGUGCACAAUUGGUGCUUACACUUUUAACGUUGAGUGUUAUACAAAAGAUAAGUCCACAUUUUUCCUUUGCCAAGUGGUUAUUAUGCGCGACAGGCCUUUAUAGAUAUUUACAUCCUUCGGACGAUGAGCUGCGUACGUUAGCUGGUGUGCCUAAGGAGAAGCAUACGAAAGGUGGCGGCAAAGGUAAUAAGGGAUAUGAAGCACGAAAUGGCACAGGACAAUUUCACAUACCACGUAACUUAGAAGUGCAACUUGAGACAACACCAGUGGUGGCACGCGAUGUUGUGCAUCUCAGAUAUUACACCGAAUACCAGUGGCUGGUCGAUUUUAGCGUUUAUGCAGCAGUUGUGUAUAUUUUAUCAGAGGUCUAUCACUACUAUUUUCCACUGAAAAAUGAGUUCAACCUAAGCAUGAUUUGGUGCCUGUUGGUUGUCUUCUUUUCGCUCAAACUACUCUCGUCGCUUACAUGGUUGUAUUUUCAAAAUGAAGAGUCGAUCGGUGAACGUUCCAUGGUCAUAGUCGCCUGCUUAGUUUAUCUACUUAUUUCCAUGAUUGUGCUCAUCAUCGAUGAACGCCACCUUGAGACGGGGCUGGAACACGCAUACAGUAGCUUUAACGCGAGCGCUUCAGAGUUCCUUACGGCACAGGGUUUGCCCUCAUCUGGUCCCGCAUCCAAGCUGAUUGUGAAACUCUGCAUGGCAGUUUGUUGCGGCCUUUUAGGUGCAAUCUUCACCUUCCCAGGUUUACGCAUGGCAAAAAUGCAUUGGGACUCUUUGAAAUACUGUAGCGGUCGCAAAACAUUGCAACUGCUACUCAACAUCAGUUUUAUCUUGCCUUUCCUGCUGAUAAUACUCUGGAUCAGACCAAUAAGCAGAGAGUAUCUGACUGAGCGUGUAUUCGAGGGCAUGCAGAAACCAUUACUUUCAGUGGAGGCGUUUGAAACAAUGCGCCUGAUUAUUGUCGUUUUAGUAGUUUUACUACGUUUUGCCUUAAUACCCAUCUAUUUGCAAUCUUAUUUAAACCUAGCGCAUGACAAAAUUAUCGACUUACGCAAAGAAGCUGGUCGCAUUACAAAUGUAGAGUAUCAGAAGAAGAUUUCCUCCAUAUUCUACUACCUGUGCGUGGUCACACUGCAAUUCGCCGCACCGCUACUGCUCUGCUUAUAUCUCACUUUGAUGUACAAAAGCUUAGGUGAAUUUACUUGGGCUGGCAUACUGAAAAGCAGCAACAGCAGCAGCAUUUGCACAGAUAUGUGUCCGUUAAGCGAGGCGCCUUUGGUCGCUGAUGAAGUGGAGUUGGCAAGUACGACAGCUUUGCCGCCAGUUGCCACAACAAUAAUGAGCAGCAUGCCGGCGUCCGAUAGUGGUGAACAUAUUCAGGGCGAAGAUUUCAAUAUUUUAGAAUCUGCAAAUGCUAUACAUGCGCAAUGGAUCAGUUUAAAAAAUGUUUUCAACGCUGACGUGUACAAGGGUUUUCUGGGCUUUGCCAGCUGGUGGAGUUAUUUUACACUUUUCACCUCUUCAGCUUUGGGUAUUGUGUACCAAUCAUAUUUUAGCACAACGUAAAACUGCAUUUGUGUUGACAGUCAAGAAUGCAUAUUUACAUUAUGUCGCAUUUUUUCGAAUUUGUUAUAAUUUUGAAAGUUUUUUUUAGCAUAUUAUGUAAUUUUUGUGCGCAUUUAGCAAUUUUUUUCAAAUUGUUUAUAAUUUUGAAAUGAUUUUUGUAACAUAUUAUGUCACAUAUUUUAUUUUUACGUUUAAAUUUAAACUAUUUCUCCUACAUACAUACAUACAUACAUGUAUAUGUACGUUCACAACAAACUAAUAAGCCAUAAAUAGUUUAAUUUUUUAGUUUUAAGUUUCAAGUAUUUUGUUUUAUGCGUGUUUGAUAUUAUUUGUUUAUUAAAAGCUGGCAAUAAAAAACAUUUAAAACAAAAAUCGUAAAAUUGGUUGUCUUAUGCUGCGCAACAGCAACAAAAAUUUUAAUGGAAAUGUCGGAGACCCUAUAAAAAUAAUAUAUAAUUGGUCAGCGUGAUGAGUUGAGUCGAUUUAACCAUUUCCGUCUAUUCAUCUGAAGAUCAAAAUCAAGUUCUUGUAUGAAAAAUUUUUUUAUUUGAGAAAAAAUCGCCUGAAAUUUGGCAGUCCAAGAAAGUGCUACAAUAUACAAACAAGUUGUUCAGAUCGGACCACUAUAGCAUAUAGCUGCACUACAAACUCAACAAUAAAAUCAAAUUUUUGUA